AUGAAUCUUCGCAUCCAUGACUUAUUGUUAGUAAAUCAGCAAAUUUCAGCUCCUCCACCGCCACAACCUCAGCCUCAUAUUGCGCACACCCAAGGCGGUGUCGCUUAUAUAGUAAAUCCACAGCCGGUUUUGAUGACCACUCCAAAUGUGGUGAUCAUCAAAAAUGCCCAUACAUUCGAUCCUUAUCCCGAAUACUGCCCAAAAUGCCAGACGAUAGUUACUACCCAUCGAGAUUGGGUUUUUGGAACGUGUGCAUGGACAGUGAUAGUUCUGUCUUUGAUUUUCUGGCCGUUGCUGUUCCUUUUGUGCACAUCAUCCUCCAAAGAUGCCUACCAUUACUGCCCUUGUUGCCUCACGCUUCUUGCAAUCAAAAGACGAUAA